UCGCCAAAUGGAGCUGAAAAAGUUUCAGAAGAAGUGCACGCGCAGUACACACAGCCAAUCCAAUCGCGAGUAGCGUUAACUUUCUGUAAAUCUGAAGUUCAGCUCACCAUUAUUUGCAAACUCAUGUUGGUUCCUUUGUUUCCAUUUGCCUUUUCUUCUGUUCUUAAUCUCAGGUAGAAGGAGGAGGAGGAAGAGGAAGGAGGCACCUUUUAGUAGACUCUGUAGAUCAAUCCAGAUCUGUCAUAACAGAACCGCCUUCGAAAUUUGGAGCUUUAUAUUUUUGUCGCAUGCGAUUCUAAUAUUUUUUCACUAUUAAGUGAAAUUAAGCAAUAGUUAAUUUAAAAGAAGGGAAAGCAUUGAAUUUAGUGGGUGUGCGUGUGCGUGUGCGUGUGCGUGAGAGAGAGAGAGAGAGAGAGAGAGAGAGAGAAAGAGAGAGUGAGGUAGGGAGGCGUGGCGCGGAGAGAUGAAUGUGAGCCAUGCGUCCGUUCACCCGGUGGAAGAUCCUCCGACGACGGACGGUGGAAACAACAAUAACAACGCGCCGAGAGUGAGAAUGAAGGACAUACAAGGAAUGCCUGGCACGAAAGGUGGCCUCGCCUUGCGUAUCUUUCAGUUUUUCUUUGCGGCUGCGGCGCUUGCUGUCAUGGCUGCCACCAGUGACUUCCCUUCCGUAACUGCUUUCUGUUACCUUGUUGCGGCUGCUGGUUUGCAGUGUUUGUGGAGCCUUACCUUAGCUAUUGUAGACAUUUAUGCUCUCUUAGUGAUGCGCUCCUUGCAGAAUUAUCAAGUUGUCAGCCUGUUUGCUGUUGGUGAUGGGAUCACAUCCACUCUUACAUUUGCUGCAGCUUGUGCUUCUGCUGGCAUCACAGUCCUUAUUGAUAAUGAUCUUGAUAGCUGUUCUCAGAAUCAUUGCGUGCAGUUUGAAACUGCUACAGCCAUGGCUUUCAUCAGCUGGUUUACUGCAUUACCUUCUUUUCUCCUGAACUUUUGGUCGCUGGCAUCCCGAUGACAAAGAAGGAUUAACCAAAAAAAAAAAAAAAAGAGAGAGAAUAUUGAGACAGGCCAUUUUUGUUAGACCAACUGAAAUACGUGGUCUUGUUUUGAUCUUUAUUGCCUGUUGUGUGCUUCAAUUCUCAAAAUUUAAACUCACAUCUCUUCCCUUUGGAAUGUUUUGUAAAUCAGGAUGCAACGUAAAUAUUGAGGUUUCUUUGUGUUGUCAGAUCCAAGAUUAAUGUUGAUUGUACCACUAGGGUGUAGAUAUUCAAUGUGGAACGUCUGAAGUGAAACCAGUAUGAAGUUUGAAGAGUGUGUUUGUGGGUGACA